AGUGUUCAGAGUGUGUGCUCAUGAGAAGCUGGUUACGAUAGACAAUUUAAAAGAAAGCCAACAACAGCUUCCCUGACAGAAUAUGCCAGUGAUCAACAUUGAGGACCUGACAGAAAAGGACAAAUUGAAGAUGGAAGUAGACCAGCUCAAGAAAGAAGUGACGCUGGAAAGAAUGAUGGUUUCCAAAUGUUGUGAAGAAGUAAGGGAUUAUAUUGAAGAAAGAUCUGGAGAGGAUCCUCUCGUGAAGGGGGUUCCAGAGGACAAAAAUCCCUUCAAGGAGCUCAAAGGAGGAUGUGUGAUUUCAUAGGUGGUCGGGGAUUUUCUUAGAAUAUUUAAAAUUUUAAUGAUCAUACAAAUUCCUAUAUAAUUAAAUUUGCAUAUGUUGUUCAAAUUUAUAAACUUUAAAUUUUAAUAAAAAUGAAGAUGUAAUUAUAU